AUGGCAGAACCACAAGCUUUAUCAAAACAGCCCAUGAUGCAAAGAUCUAUCAUUUCCAUGGACCCAGGUUCCUUGAUUCUCUCUUUGCCAAUUAUCAUGUACCAGAAGAUUGAAAAAGGUUACUGGUAUGGACCAAGAACAUAUUGUGCUGAGGCAUUUCCAUCAGAUUCCCAUCAGAAAGGCUUCAUACUGUACCACUUCCUUGCUGUCUAUCUUCUGCCUUUGCUCACCAUCUCUUUGUGCUACUCCCUGAUGUUAAAGAGAGUUGGACAACCUGUUGUUGAACCCAUUGACAACAACUAUCAGGUUCAACAUUUGUCUGAAAGAACAAUAGCAAUGAGAAGCAAGAUUUCUAAAAUGGUGGUGGUAAUUGUGCUCCUGUUUACAAUCUGUUGGGGACCCAUCCAGCUCUUCAUCCUGUUCCAGGCAUUUUACCCAAAUUUCCAGGCCAACUACGUGACCUACAAGAUCAAGACUUGGGCUAACUGCAUGUCAUAUGCCAACUCCUGCAUCAAUCCCAUUGUUUAUGGUUUUAUGGGAGCAAGCUUUAGGAAGUCCUUUAAGAAAGCCUUCCCAUUCAUGUUUAGCCGGAAAGUAAGGGACACCAACAUGACUUCUGGAAGUGGCAAUGCAGAAGUGUAGUUUGUCGUUGCAUAAUCUUAAUUGUUAUAGAUUGUCAUGAAUGAACAUGGUUAAAGAUAUGAAAGCAAAGACAAUCAAUUUGUUUGGCCCACAAAAUUCCUGGAAAAUAUACCCUCAGUAAGCAUUAAGAAAAAUAUUAUGAAGCUUGAACUACCAUUAGGUUUUGUACUUAGAGUUAAUGUUUGUGUAAAGUGUGAGAAUAGUGUUAAUGUUUGUGUUUAUGGUUAACAACACUUAACACGGUGUUAAUGUUUAACAAGUCCAUUCUCCAAGAAGUGACUCAGCAGACCAAGAAUGGUUUUCUUAUUGGUAGUUUCCAUCUGCAUUUUAAAGAAUUCUAAAUCCAAGGACAAUAUUUCUUGAAAAACACAUUACAAAUUGCUCAGUUAUACUUUAAGUCUUUUUGAUGUUAAAACACUUUUGUGUGAAGAUUUUUUCAGUGGGAUUUUAGGAACUGGAAUGUUUUUCCAGUGAUGUUCUGAAGGACUCAGAGCUACUCCCUAUAUAGUUUGUAGUAUAUAGCUAAUGAUUUGGUCUUAAAUGAAGGAGGAUGAUUAAGAAGUUUCCAUCUAACUUAAAAAUUACCUGUAAGGUUGAUUAUGAAAACAAAGUCACCAGACUGAAGGGAGAUUUCAGUGGUCUAGUCAGAUUGGCCAGAAAGGCUUCAAAUGCAAUUUAGUUCAGAGAAGUGUGGGGAAAUGAAAGGAAAGGACAUAUAUAGGACGGUAAGAUACUGAGAAAUGUAGUGUAUUUCGACUGAUCUAUGAAGAUAGCAGGAAGAGAAGAUGGUUAAGAAGGUAGGAGAUAAAGCAUAACAGUGGGGAAUGUAUGCAUAAUUAUGCAAAACAUUAGCUGGAGUCAGAGUGUAUCGCUUGUAGUUCUAGUCACCACAUUGUAAGAAGGAUGUAAUUA